AGAAAGAGUUAAAACUAAAUCAUAAGCAGGACAGCUAGCCCUGCCCCCGGGAGGGUUCCCCAAGCCGGCGCUGCCCUGCAGCACCUGUGCAUAGAGAGCCGAGAGAGACUGUGGAGGAGAGUGGGUGGUGCAGGCAGACGGCGGUAUAUCCAGUCUGACAGAGGGCGGGUCUCCUCAGAGGCAGGCGAGUGAGGAGGCAGCUAGCAGCAGCUGCCCGAAGCAGGUACGUCGUCGGGAUCCUCUAUGGGCAUAGGGAGCCGCUGACAGCGAGACCAAGCACCAGCCACUUCACCUCCAGCCCAGAAUCUUCUUGCCGGUCUCUCCCCACGCCCAGACCCCGCGCCUUCAGCCACCAUGACCCUGAACCACUCUCCGCUCAAGACCGCCCUGGCCUAUGAGUGCUUCCAGGACCAGGACAACUCCACGCUGGCUUUGCCGUCGGAUCAGAAGAUGAAGACCGGCACGUCGGGAAACCAGCGGGUGCAGGAGCAGGUGAUGAUGACUGUCAAGCGGCAGAAGCCCAAGUCUUCUCAGUCGUCCACCUUGACCCAUUCCAACCGAGGUUCCAUGUAUGAUGGUUUAACUGAUAAUUACAACUAUGGGACCACCAGCCGGAGUUCCUAUUACUCCAAAUUCCAGGCAGGCAAUGGAUCUUGGGGAUAUCCGAUCUACAAUGGGACCCUCAAGAGAGACACAGAUAAUAGACGUUUCAGCUCUUACAGCCAGAUGGAGAGCUGGAACCGUCAGUACAACCGAGGCAACUGCAACACCAUUGGUCCUGGCAGUGACAUAUGCUUCCUGCAGAACAUCAAGGCCAGUCGGAGUGAACCAGACCUGUACUGUGACCCCCGGGGUACUCUGCGCAAGGGCUAUACAGGCAACAAGAGCCACAAGACCACCCAGAAUCGCUACAGCUUUUACAGUACCUGCAGUGGUCAGAAGCCUGUCAAGAAGUGCCCAGUGCGCCCUCCUUCCUGCACAUCCAAACAAGAUCCUGUCUACAUUCCACCUAUCUCCUGCAAUAAGGACCUCUCCUUUGGCCACUCAAGGGCUAGUUCCAAGAUCUGCAGUGAAGACAUAGAGUGCAGUGGCUUGACUAUUCCCAAGGCUGUGCAGUUCCUGAGCUCUCAGGAUGAGAAGUAUCAGGCUAUUGGGGCCUAUUACAUCCAGCAUACCUGCUUCCAGGAUGAAUCUGCCAAGCAACAGGUAUACCAGUUGGGAGGAAUUUGCAAACUGGUGUCUCUUCUCCGGAGCCCCAAUCAAAAUGUCCAGCAAGCUGCAGCUGGAGCCCUCCGCAACCUGGUCUUCAGAAGCUCCACUAACAAGCUUGAAACCAGGAGACAGAAUGGGAUCCCGGAGGCCGUGAACCUCCUGAGGAGGACUGGGAGCACUGAGAUACAGAAGCAGCUCACUGGGCUGCUCUGGAAUCUGUCUUCCACUGAUGAGCUGAAGCAAGAACUCAUUAAUGAAGCCCUCCCUGUUCUGACCGAUCGGGUUAUAAUCCCCUUCUCUGGAUGGUGUGAUGGCAAUAGCAACAUGUCCAGAGAAACAGUGGACCCAGAAGUUUUCUUCAAUGCCACCGGCUGUUUGAGGAACCUGAGCUCAGCUGAUGCUGGACGCCAGACUAUGCGUAACUACCCAGGGCUGAUUGAUUCCCUUAUAUCCUAUGUCCAGAACUGUGUGGCAGCCAGUCGCUGUGAUGACAAGUCUGUGGAAAACUGCAUGUGUAUCCUGCAUAAUCUGUCUUACCGUCUGGAUGCUGAGGUGCCUACCCGUUAUAGCCAGCUGGAGUAUAAUGCCCGCAAUACCUUUACUGACAAGUCCUCCACAGGCUGUUUCAGCAACAGGAAUGAAAAGAUGAUGAAUAACAACUAUGACCUACCUUUGCCUGAGGAGGAAACCAAACCAAAGGGAAGUAACUGGCUCUAUCACUCUGAUGCCAUUCGUACUUACCUGAACCUCAUGGGCAAGAGCAAGAAAGAUGCCACCCUGGAAGCUUGUGCUGGUGCCCUGCAGAACCUCACUGCUAGCAAAGGACUGAUGUCCAGUGGCAUGAGCCAGUUGAUUGGGCUGAAGGAAAAAGGGUUGCCUCAAAUUGCCCGCCUUCUUCAAUCAAGCAACUCUGAUGUGGUCAGGUCUGGAGCCUCCCUCCUGAGUAACAUGUCUCGACAUCCUGUGCUGCACAGAGCAAUGGGGAACCAAAUAUUCCCAGAGAUGACUCGUCUCCUCUCUAGCCAAACGGGCAACACCAGCAACUCAGGGGACAUCAUGUCAUCUGCUUGCUACACCAUGAGAAACCUGAUGACCUCCUUGCCCCAGAUGGCAAAGCAGCACUUCACCAGCAGCAUGCUGAAUAAUGUGGUCAACAUGUGCCGGAGUGGUUCACCAAAAGCCGCAGAAGCUGCCCGACUCCUUCUCUCUGAUAUGUGGUCAAACAAGGAGCUCCAGGGUGUCCUCAGACAGCAAGGGUUCGAUAGGAACAUGCUGGGAUCCUUAACUGGGACCAAUGUCCUAAGGAACUUCAGCUCCCGAUUCUAAGGAAAGGACAUCAUCAUAUGUUCAACUUGCAGAAAUGCAGUGACCCAACCAAGAAGACUAUAAGUCUUGCCAGAUGGGUUGGUCUGUCCACCCUUUGCAGUAUUUGGAAAAGUUAAAACUCUUUGAGAACAAAAUCUGAAAACCGUGGACAAUGGAGAUAUUUUUAAACAACUUUUUUUUUCCCACCCUGGGGUUAUAGUCAAGGGAUUUGGGGGGUGGGAUGGGGUAGAAGUGGGAGGGAGCUUUCCUGAGUUAAAGGGACUUUUAUCUGAUGUCAAUAAUUCCUUCUAAAAAAAAUGGUAUAUAUAUAAAUAUAAAUAUAUAUGUAAUGUAUGAUUGUAUGUGUGUGUGCAUGCAUGUUUAUGUAUAUGUAUGUAUGUGUGCCUGAAAGUGUGAGCAGAAAGAGAAGAUAGGUACCCAUUUUUUACAACUGUGUGUAAAAGAUGGUGAAAAAGAUACUUCUCUGUCUCACUUACAGACAGAUAUGAAAUAUAAUACUUUUGUGUUAGCUUCUAAAAUGCAUUAAUAUUGGACAGAAAAUUGGUUCCACUUUCCCUGCCUCCAUCAUAAUCAGCUCUACAGGCCUCUAAAGUGAGCCAUGGAGGAGGAGGCCCAAAUCAGAGCUCCAUAUCUGGCCAGACAGUCCAUCACUUGACUUGGUCCCAGAUGACUGAGGGAAGCCGCUCAACUCACCACCUUGAGAGGAUGCAUUGAAUGGAAGGAGUUUGACUUCAACCUUUAUCAUGGAAAGAUCAGACAAUGAACUAUUUCCUGAAAUUAUCUAUAACUGACACCUCCAUGCCUUCUGUAUUAUUCUGUUUUAUUCUUUUCUGUUUUACAAGGGCCAGGUUUCUGCAGGCUGCGGGACUCUCAACAAGCAUUAGGGGAAAUUUUUUGGUUCAUGUUGUCUGAUAUCAGCGCAGGGGGUAACGGGAGCUGAAGAGAUAGCUAUCACCAUCAUCAUAUGGGUAGGGCUGGGGCUAGGUUGAGUGUCGUACAGAGAGCAAGGCCAGUGGAUAUGGUUUCUGCCUUUGGGAAGUUUUCAAUCUAUGUGUUGCAAGAUGUAGAUGGGGAAAAUACUGCUCAAAAGUCACACAAGAUGCUAAUCAGGUGACAGCGGUUUCAGCCUGGAUUUGAGGGUCUUGUUGGGAUGCAUCUUUCCAAAUAGAAUGGAUAGGAAAAGGUGGGGGUAUCUCUCAACAAAAGCUGCAGCCAUCCAGACAAGUCGAGCCAUGGGAACGUUUGGGAUGAUGGUUUCAAAUGAAUGAAUUCACUCCCAGAUUCAGGGACCCCUGAGAUGGGAUUCCAGAAAGGAGAAAAAGAUCUUGGUUACAUUAGGAGAAGGGAACAACACAACCAGGGCAAUAAGAAUCACAGCCCCAUUUGGAGGUCAUUUCAUUGACCCCCUUUCUUCCAGUUAGCAAUGAGCUUUCAUACAGACUGGCAUCUCAGUCUGAAAGCUGGCUCACCCUCUUCGCCUGCCAAGGAUGGAUAUCUGUCUCUAUUACCUUUUCCAAACACUUCUCUGUGUCCUGUCCAAAAGUGGAAAAGGACUGCCUUGGCAAGUAGUGACUUCUUCAUCACUGGUGGUCUUCAAGCAGAAGCAUCCCACUUCAAAAGGGCAGAUGUGAACUCAAACUCUGAGUCCAUUCCAUAUUCUAUAUUUCUCUGUCAUAGCCUUGCAAGAUGGAUCAAUGGCUUUGGUUGGAUUGUAAAAGGCAGAGUAGUAUAGUAAGAAGAGCAUUGGAUUUAGAGUCAGGAGCUAAGCUGAAAUCCUAGCUUUUUCACUCCCUACACCUAUGACCUUGGUCAAAUUAUCUCACUUAUCUGGGUCUUAGUUUCCUCAUCUGUAAAAUGAAAGGGUUGAUUUUAGAUGAUCUCUCAUAUCUCUUUCAACUCCAAAUCUAUGAUCUUAUAAUCCACAUUUAGUGGAAUGAGUUAUGACUCAUUCUGUCAUAUGAUGCAAGUGGAAAAGGGAGGCUCAUUCAUUACUCUCAAAGAAUCAAGUGGAAUUUCAGCAGCUCCCUUUAGCCACAGUAUAUUCCAUUCUGACCUAGAGGACUAUGGUUCUGAUUCGGUGUGCCCAACAGGUACAGAAAAAAAGGGCAAGAGAAAAGGACUAAGCAUUUACACGGCACCUGCUAUGUGCCAGGCACUGUGUUAGUAUCUCAUUUGAUCAACAGCCAAGUCACAAAACUCACACAUAUUUCAGAUAUCAUGUAGUUUAGUGACCCAUUGAGAGCCUCAAGUAGAAAACAUCCUAUGUAUGUAUAUACUGUAAGAUAGAGGCAAUGACAGGAUUCAAAAAACUCUCCUUAGCUCUUGUUUCCACUUCCCUGAUAUUUGUUGAAUGCUACAGUAUUCUUGGUAUUAGAUAUUAAAACUCCAAUCUUUUGUGAAAAGAGGUUAAAAUGUCCCUCUACUUUCUUCUUCUCUGAGACCUUCUAUAUAGCUUUAGUUGUCCCUAUUCCUCCCCAAGCAACCAGGACCAGACACUGGUCCCUGUGUCUCCAGUAUUCGGGAUGAUCCCAAAGUUUAUUUUAAACUGGGUGGGGAGGAUAAAAUCAGAGACUUUUCUAAUAUAAUUUGACCUUGAAUUUUCACAGUGGGUUGGUAGCCUCUAGUAAUCAUCUACUAACCUGCAGGUUAGUUCUGCCUAUUGCAAGAAAGGUCUAUUUUGAACACUUCCAUCCUGCCCCCUUACUUCCAACUCUUGGUGAUGAUCUUGAAAAUCUGGUACUAUUGGACUGGAUUUAACAUAGAUUUCAAAAUGCACUCAAGACCAAAUGGAAAACUUUGUGCUGGACAGUGGUAGGAAGAUCUAGAGGAAAGCAAAGACAUUGUUCCUGCCCUCUGGAAGCUCCCACUCUGAUGGGAUAAAAUAUAUAUACACACAUACACAUCCGAAAAACAUAGACACAGAUAUUUAGCAAUAUAGGAACAAUUUUAAAUUCCCUGGCUGUAUUCUUGGAAUUCCCAUUUUCUCAUUGUCCUGAAAAAGAUAGUUACCACAAAAAGUCUUCUAGCUUUUCCUGAACAGAGGAAAUAGUCUGUUUUCCUGGCUGCUUCCCCCUUUGUUCUGUUUAAUAGUGCCUAGUGUAAUACAGAAAAGAGACAGCUUUUCCUGUGGUACAUUGUUUACAAUGGACAAUGGGUCAAGGUCAAAAUGGUUUUCCUGAGUUAUUUGUCCUCUAAGGAGCUGGGGGUAGCAGAAAAAGUGCCAACCAGAGAAGGUCUGUCUGUGUGAUGGCUGCUGCUUUGGUUGAGGACAUACGUGGGAAGGGUUCAUAGUAGACUGGUCACUUUCCUUCCAUGGAAUUGACUUUCCUCUUCUUUAAAAUGGAAUGCAACGGGGAAGCAAAUGGCAGGAAUGGCCCAGUUCUAAAUUAUGUGAGUCCAGAAAUUCCCAAAAAAUUACUUUCUGGGAAGGAAGGUAUGUAGCCCUUCCAUUUUGGGUCUUUAUUUGCUAUUUUGCAGCAAAAUUAUUAUUUUCAAUAGAGACCUUGGCUAACCUUUCCUUCCCCAAAUCUCUACCUUCUGCCUGACUUUCAUCCUGACAGCCCUUGGAAAUUUAAAUUGUAGCCUUUUUGGAGGACUGAUUCCAAGCUUGGGGAAGCGGAGAUAUUGUAUACACUUCCAUUUUCCCCUUAAAGACUUGAUAAACCAGCAACAUACUUCCUACUUUUGUUGUGUGUUGUGAGAUGAAGAAGGGACAUAGGUGACCUGAGGUGUCUGUAUAUUCGAUGGAAAAUUUUGAGGCAGCUUUUGUUCUCCUGCUCCUGAACACAGCUGACUGUGGCAGUAUCCUGUUCCCAAACUAAACCAUGUGAAUUUCUUGUGUGAGGAUCUUGUGGUUUCCCUGUAUGGCGCUCUGUGUAUUUGCUUUUUUAAAAAAAAAAUUAGGAAAUCAAUAAACUGCUGGAGUUUCUUUGAA